AAUAUGGCGGCCGUGGCAGGUGUCGCCUAAUAAUACUAGCAGCUGCGCCUUUAAGAGCAGGAGCAGGACCACGAGGGAAGCCAAUAGGUUGACAUUUGGAGCAAAAGUCUUCAUGAAUCACCAGUGAGGCCCAAACUGUUGCGUCCAUUUAUAUUCCUCCGUGGUGUUUAGGACGCGCACGCAAUCCGGAUUAAGGACGCGUCUCCUUUAAGAAAGCAGAGCGGGAUUAGAGGAGCGCGCAAGUGGCCCAGCUAGGCGGCUUUUCACGUCACGUCCCACAGACACUUGUCGCCGCCACCACCGCCCGACGUGGAACCGGAGCCCCGCGGGCAGCAGUCAUGGCCGAGGCCGGGAAGGGCGUCACGGCCGGGAAACUGGCCGUCACGGUGCAGAAGAGGCUGAGCAGGGCGCAGGAAAAGGUGAUGCAGAAACUCGGCAAAGCGGACGAGACGAAAGACGUCGUCUUUGAGGAGAUGGUGGCCAACUUCAACAAGCAGAUGGGAGAAGGCACCAAGUUGCAGAGGGAUCUGAAAGCCUAUCUGGCAGCAGUGAAGACCAUGCACGAGACGUCACGCAGGCUGCAGGACUGUCUGGCUGACAUGUAUGAGCCCGAAUGGUUCGGCAAAGAGGAAAUGGACGCCGUGGUGGAGGAGAUGAUAGAGAAGGAGAUGGACAAUAACUUGGAGGACACAGACACGAUGUGGUUGGACUUCCAUCAGAACAUUACAGACAGUUCGGUGCCCUCCAUGGAUUCCUACCUGACUCAGUUUCCUGAAAUCAAGGCUCGCAUUGCAAAGCGCGACAGAAAGAUGGUGGACUUUGACAGCGCCAGGCAUCACUUUUCCUCCUUACAGAAAGGCAAGAAGAAGGACGAGGCCAAGAUUGCCAAGCCUGCGGCACUGUUGGAGAUGGCGGCGCCAAGCUGGGCACAGGGUUUGCUCUCUGCCCACCAGGUGGCUCAGACUAACCUCUCCUACAACCAGGCUGAAGAGGAGCUGGGUCGCGCUCAGAAGAUUUUUGAAGAGCUGAACGUGGAGUUACAAGAUCAGCUUCCAGUGCUGUGGGACAGUCGUGUUGGCGUUUAUGUUAACACAUUCCAGAGUUUGGCAGGUCAUCAGGAGAGGUUCCACAAAGAGAUGAGCAAGCUGAGUCAAAACCUGAAUGACAUCAUGACCAAACUGGAAGAACAGCGGCAGCUCAAAAAUGAUGGCACUACAGCAACCAAGACCAUAGCCACUGCAAAGAGUGAAGAAGCCAACCACAGCCAGGCGGCCACUUCACCAACGAGGCCUGGCCCACCUCCCAGCCGGCCUCCUCCUUCGCUAAGGCCGCAGCAUGACCAGUUGCUUGAUGAAGACACCGCCGAUGUUAACACAGAGUCCAUAACGCCACAGGAGCUUGCUCGGGACUUGUGGCAUGAGCAGACGGUUGCCGAUGGGCAGGAGCAGCCCCGAGAUCAGGUUCAGGGUGGAUGCGAUUAUAAAGACGGAGCUCAGCCAGACUGGGACCGUGACAACGCUCAGUUGUACAGCGAGCCCACGUGGAACGAUGAUGGUGCCAGUGGGGCACAGGGGGGCUGGGGACAUGACCAAGUGCAGAGUCCCGCAUCCAACAGCUCGGAGUACGAGCUCCCUCCUGGAUUCCUCUACAAGGUCAAAGCGAUCCACGAAUAUGCUGCCACCGAUGGUGACGAGCUGGAGCUGACAAUUGGAGAUCUUGUGCUGGUUUUGGCUAUCGACAACCCAGAUGAGCAAGACGACGGCUGGCUCAUGGGUGUGCAGGAAUCUGUCUGGAUACGCACCAAAGACAUUUCAUCCAAAGGGGUCUUCCCCGAGAACUUCACCCAGAAGGUUUGAGGUUCCAGGUGCACGAUGCGUUUGUUAUCUGGGAUAAAAAAAACAAGCAAAAUAUCAAAUGGUUGUUUUUGUGUCUGGAAAUGGUGCCAAUAAAAACAUAUAGAACUCA